AUGGCCGUCUCGAUAUAUCAUUGUAGAGUUUUAAUUUACCUAGAAGUAUUCACUAAUUUUUUAUACAGAGAAACAUUAGCCGCUUUCUUAUUAUGGAGAUUAAAACAAAUUGAAUAUUCCGCUUGGGAUCGGUGGAUAAGUUUUGCUUUGUUUACUUUUAGAACUGUAUUAAAUCCGAUCCUUGAUAGUGACGAGUAUUUGCAGGAAUGUAAAUCUGACUCAGAGAUCGCGAGAUAUAUUCAACUAGGCUAUAUUUCUAUUGAUGUUUUAAUAGAUUUUUUCGUGACAGUCCGUUUAGUACAAAUAUUAAAUGAGGGAAAUCGUAAUUCUGCCCAGGCCAACUCAAUAAUCGUUGCAUUUGAUAGAAACAAUUUGUCUAUAGUAUCAUUCAGAAAAUUUAUCAUGUCAACACCUUCAACUUCAAGAGAAAUGGAAGAAGGUGAAAGAGAUUCUUUAAAAUCCAUAAAACCUUCUUCCUUCACUUCUAUUUCCACUUCUAAUUCGUCAUCACAAACUUCAGGAUCAAAAUCUCAAAAACAUAAAUCUUGGAGAAGAGAUUCAUUAAAUAGACAACAAAAAACUGCUUCUUUUAGACUUAAUAAAAACAAAUUUGUUGUUGUAUCAAUGCAGAGGUUGACAUUCUUUGAAUGGGCAAAUUUAAUAAUUUCUGAUGAUAAAAAAGAAAACAUCAGAUCAUCGGAUGAAGUUUUAGGUUUACUAGAUAAUUGUGAUCCACCUGCAAUGGUUCAUAUAAGUCAAUCUAGACGUGGUAGUUCCACCUCUACCAUAAUGUCACAUUCAACUUCACAAACAAAGAUUAAUGAUCAAUUUUCAACCGAUAGAGCAGAUGUUUGGCCAAUACGUCCUUUUGCAUCAGCAUCAUUGUCAAAUAAUAGGGGGAGAAAAAUUGUUGUACUAUAUCGAAAAUCUCAAUCAGGCUCACCUGCGAUGUAUAAAAUUCUAUCAUCAUUCAAUAAAAUAGAAGAUGCCUUGCCCGAGGAUAAAGAAGAACAGCAGGAUUCAGAUAGUCCAUGA